CGGGUCGUGGGUGUUUCAACAUUCAAUGCUGCCUAAAUCUAAGUGGGUUAAUGAUCAAAUCAAGCGGCUCAGAGAUUUGUCCCGCAAGAGAGAAAUACUGAAAUAAAUAAAACAGAGAGGAGGAAAAAUUACCUUGAAAAAAACGAAAAAAAGAGAGAGAGGUGUUUUAUUUUUUUGGUCGAAGAGAGAGAAGUCUUUGGCUUUCUGGGUUUGGUUGGAUCUAAACAACCCGGAGACCAGUCCACGGAGAAACGAGAAAGGCGAGAAGAAGAUCAACAUCUCCUUUGCUGAUUGCUUAACAAACGUUUAAGCAUUUUAUUAUAAAAAUGACGUGUUUUCGUUGUUCUGGUCGUCGUCCUCCUCCUCCUGAUCCUUCUCUUUGGAUUCCCCUAAGUUCCCCGUCUAGGUAAUUACCCACGGCCUGCUCUUGGUUUUUUUCUGGGCGUUUGGCUUAUGUGCUCUUAGUACCCAACUAUAGUGUCACUCGGGAUCUAGACUCGGAUGUCAACUUCACUCCAACUGGUACAUUAUAUUUGCAUUUGCUAUUUGUUAUGCAUAUUUGCUUUCGUAAAUUUCUCAACUGUGUCAUAUUAUGUGAUUGAUUGAUGUUGUUGGGUAUGUUGAGAUUUCAUCCCUUUCUUUGCAACUGUUCGAAUUAGCCCUAAUAAAAGGCCACCAACAGCAUAAGAAAAUGGUGUUUAGUCGAAUUGCCGAUAUAAUUUCUUCUGCAUCAAGUCGUUGGUCUAAUCCUCAGGGUUCCACUGUAUCUUCUCCUCCCAAAACGUGUGCCCAUGCUUUUGCCUUUGCUAACCCUGCACGCAACAAGAACCAUCUUCGACUCUCAUCAUCUCUCCAGGAUUUCUCCUCUUAUCAUCAGCUCGAUCCUGAAGAUCCCCAUCCCAGCAUUGUGGCCCAUUCCAAACACCCUCAUUCCUUAGAGAGAGAAACUGCUGCCUCCAGCUUCUCAAAGGAGAAAGGACUGCCAGGAGGAGGAGUCCUACCUGCCUGCAACAAGUUGGUUCGAGCCCUGAUGCUUCUGUGUUGUAUCUUGUUGUUCGGUUUUCUAAUUUAUUUGAUUUCCAUGUUCAUUUAUUCUUAUUGGUCUAAAGGAACUCCCAAAUUUUAUAUUGUGCUUGAUUGUGGAAGUACUGGAACUCGAGUUUAUGUAUAUCAAGCAUCCUUUGAUAAUGCAAACGAUGGCACUUUUCCUAUUGCCAUGAAGCCAUUAACGGAAGGUCUUCAAAGAAAACCUAAUUCACACACUGGUCGAGCUUAUGAUCGAAUGGAAACUGAGCCUGGGCUUGACAAGUUGGUUCAUAACGUUUCGGGCUUGAAGGCUGCAAUAAAACCACUUAUUCGAUGGGCAGAGAAGCAAAUCCCAGAGAAGGCGCAUAAAACAACCUCGCUUUUCCUUUAUGCUACUGCAGGGGUUCGCAGACUGCCGAGUGUCGAUUCAAAGUGGCUUCUAGACAAUGCAUGGUCUAUACUCAAGAAUUCACCUUUCUUGUGCCAAAGAGACUGGGUUAAGAUUAUCAGUGGCCUAGAAGAAGCGUACUUUGGUUGGAUAGCCCUCAACCAUCAUACGGGCAUGCUGGGGGCCAGACCAAGAAAGCCAACAUUUGGUGCACUUGACUUGGGUGGUUCAUCGCUGCAGGUUACAUUUGAGAGUAAUGAACAUGUGCGUAACGAGACCAGUUUAAACCUUAGAAUUGGGGCUGUGAACCAUCAUCUCACUGCAUAUUCUCUCCCGAGCUAUGGUUUAAAUGAUGCAUUUGACAAGUCUGUGGUUCAUCUUUUGGAGAAGCUUCCAGAAAUCACCAAGGCAGAACUAGUAAAUGGGAAGGGAAAACUUAGGCACCCCUGCUUGCAUUCCGGAUACAAGGAGAAAUAUGUUUGUUCUGAAUGUGUUUCUAAAUUCCAAGAAGGUGGAAGCCCUGUGAUUGCAAAAACGAGUUUGGGCAAAGGAGGAAGAUCAGGGAUUUCCGUGAUGCUUAGUGGUGCUCCAAAUUGGGAUGAAUGCAGUAAACUUGCAAGAAUUGCUGUCAAUUGGUCGGAAUGGUCCAAUAGAAACUCAGGAAUUGAUUGCGACUUGCAACCUUGUGCUCUUCCCGAUGGUCUACCCCAUCCUUAUGGGAAAUUCUUUGCAAUUUCUGGAUUUUUUGUGGUUUAUCGGUUUUUCAAUUUGACUUCAGAGGCAUCGCUUGAUGAUGUAUUGGAAAAGGGUCGGGAGUUUUGCGAAAGAACUUGGGAAGUUGCAAAGAACAGUGUUGCUCCUCAGCCCUUCAUUGAACAGUACUGCUUUAGAGCACCAUAUAUUGUAUUCUUGUUGAGAGAGGGCUUGCACAUUACAGAUAAUCAUGUUAUAAUUGGGUCUGGAAGAAUUACAUGGACACUUGGGGUUGCUCUGUUGGAAGCUGGGAAGGCACUUUCAACCAGAUUGGGCCUUCGCACUUAUGAAAUAUUCCAGAUCAAGAUCAACCCAAUAUUUUUUAUUGCAGUGCUGUUUAUUUCGUUGCUUUUCCUCCUUUGUGCAUUAUCAUGUGUUGGAAAUUGGAUGCCAAAAUUUUUCUGGAGGUCAUAUCUCCCGCUGUUUAGGACUAAUGGUGCAUCUUCUGCAUCCGUUCUGAGUAUUCCAUCGCCUUUUCGAUUCCAGCGUUGGAGUCCUAUUAGUCCUGGGGAUGGAAGAGUAAAGAUGCCUCUAAGUCCAACAAUUGCUGGUGGUGCGCAACGGAGACCAUUUGGCUUGGGGGAUAGUCUCAACAGUGGCGGUGGCAUCCAGUUAAUGGAGUCUUCCUUAUACCCCUCCACAAGCAGUAUGUCCCAUAGUUAUUCCUCAAAUAAUCUGGGCCAGAUGCAAUUUGACAGCAGUAGCAUGGGUUCCUUUUGGUCUCCUCACAGAUCUCAGAUGCAUCUUCAAAGCAGGCGAUCACAAUCUCGAGAAGACCUCAAUUCUUCACUGGCUGAGGCACACAUGGUGAAAGUUUAGGGGAUGCUCAUCUGCAUAUUUUGCCCAUUAAAGCUGAGAAACAGACUGAUGCAUACCUGGAAAAAUUCCAGUGCGGCUGCUAAACUAAUGAACAUAAUGAUGACUCUGCACCUAUGUCUCAUUUUUUUGCACUUAUAUCUCUUGAUUGUAAAGCUUUAUAUAUAUAUAUAUAUAUAUAUAUAUAUAUAUAUAUAUAUACACAGUUCUCCUCUCAUCCGGACGUCCACACGUUAUUACUGUGCGGACGCCAUUGUAAACAAGGAGGAAAGCAGAGAGGGAUAAUAGAAAAUACAUGGUGUUCGAAUGGUAAUAACGUCCAGACGUCUGCAUAGGAGAAAAGAUAUGUAUAUAUAUAUAUAUAUGUAAAAUAGGAAUAGGAAAUAAAACAUCUCCUUUGCUUGGGUAUUUAUUUAUUUAUGAUGACAGGUGCCAACUGUGACCAAUUUUUGCGAGCAGAAACUUUAUUUUCUUUUACGUGUUACUUAAUCCUUAAAUAUGUUCUGUUGAAUAUCAGUUUCUUUUUUUAUUUUUUUUUAAAUUUCUCGCGGGAGGAGGGGGCGAAGUGGUUUGUGGAUCUAAUGUUGAGCUGGCCUGAUCUUUUAAUUUCAACAGAUUGUUUUGCAGGCGAAUUUUCCUGUUCCCCUUUGGCAGAAGGGGAAUUCACCUGUUAACAAGGCCGUAUUUCCUUGGGAUUUGGGUCAUGUUCACUGCUAUCCUUCAGUGAUUGUGAAAUUAUUUUUUGUGACGUCAGUCUUAUUGGACUAUCUUUUCACUCCCAAACGUCUUCAACUAUUACAUUCAAUCAGGGGAGAUCGGCUGAGCUAAUACACGAGGCACCUGCCUGAUCGGAUCAGUCAUCCAACUAUCAUAAGUUUUCAACACUAUACAUAUGAUACUAGUAGAGGAGUCUUUCAUUGAAAUUAGCAGUCAAUUAACACAGAAUUUUCCUCCUCCGUGGGUUAGCAAAUGUUGACAUGAAAAGUGAUGACAGAUGAUUGCAGCAAUUAUAGUAAGAUAUACAAGUCCUCUCUUAUACAACCACUUACUGUUUAAAUAGUUGUAUACGUACUUUUAUUCUUUAAAUUUCGACAUUAAAAUCGAAGGAAUGAAAAGAGAAAACCAAAAUCGCAGCCUCUACUCAAA